AGUUGAAACAAAUCUGUCGCUGUUGUUGUGAUUCGUAUUUCAUAAGUUGUUGUAGGCAAAUAUUUUAAAUAUUAAAAUAAUAAUAAUAUAAUAAUGCAAUAAUAAUACCAAUUCAUCUAAGAAGCUACUAAAACUUGAUUAUAUGAUGUACGUGACUUCAAAAAUUGUAAAGCUUGCGAUUCAUUGAUCGAGUUUGUAAACUUUAAAUAUGACUAAAAGAUCCUUCGACGUCGAAUCUCUAAUUAGAAAAACUACCGCUGGCGAUGACGUAGAAGAAUUAAAUUUAAAAGUAAACUCAAAUUUCAACGCUUCUCCAAUAGAUAACAAACCUUUCGUGGAUAAUGAUCUACCACUGAACAUGGCAUACGAACCAAAAGUUACACCACCACACGCAUCUUUCCAAAGCGCUCUUACAACCCAUCGUCGACAUCAGCUGCAACCACCAAGGUUGCAGCUGAUGUCGAGCGUCUGCCAAGGAAUGAUUCACGCAGACGCAAGUUGUCGUACUCACGUGUGGCCCACCUGGUUUUCCAUUAUAAAUCCGUAUUUUAAUAAUUUUGCUUCUAAGUGUCCAUCUAAAUCUAUCAAUGAUUCAAAAAGUGGAGAGUUGUCAUUGGAGGAGGAUAAUAAUGGCGUUAAAAAUAAAACAAGUUUAGUUUCUGAAUGUAGAAAGUGUGGCGAUACUUCGGAUGAGAUAGAAGCAGGUGCAGCUACUGCAACAAACAACAGCGGCAGAUGUGUGGCUGCUGUCAAAUGCGAGAAUAUCGUCAGUGGGUGUAUGUCAUCGUGUUUUGAAUCUUUCCGUGAACCUUUUUAUUCGCCAAUCCUUCAACAAUCUCAGGGCUCUCAAAAUGGUUUCGUGAGCACCACAUCAGGCCUCAAACAACCAGCCACCACCAGCGACAGUGAACUGGACGCAGCAGACGAUACACCACACAACGCAAACUCAGACAUCAAACGACUUCGUACAGCCUUCAGUAGUAAGCAGUUACUAGGCUUGGAAAAGGAAUUUCUAAACGGCGGAAUGUAUCUUUCGAGGUUGAGAAGAAUUGAAAUAGCGGAAAAUUUAAAACUAUCGGAGAAACAGGUGAAGAUAUGGUUCCAGAACAGAAGGGUGAAACACAAGAAAGGCAGUGUAGAACAGGGAAGGUACUGUCAAGACAAAGCCGCACAUAUUUCCACAUCCAGUAAUUCCCAAACUGACAAGAAAAUUGAUAUCGUGUCUAAUAUAAACUGCGGGAAACUACAUUUACAACGCAAUACACUCGACUUUCCUGAAUAUAUUAACAAUUGGAAUAAUUAAUUUUAUGUAUAACGAUUUAUAACAGUAGUACGUAAUAUAACUAAGCCAGGUAAAUAACGCUUGGUUGUUAGUUAAAAAUGUCUCUGAAUUCUCUUUGAAUUGUAAUCGAAAUAUAUCUAUUAUAAGUCUAAUUAUUAGUUUUUCAAAUACUUUUGCAUUUAUUUGUAACAUUCAUUUUAUUUUUUAUACCGAAUUUUGUAAUUUUCAAAUAUUCAUGGCCAUAAAAUUUCAGAUAGUGCUGGUGCAAUACAAGUUUAUAUUUUUAGCCUCA